CCCUCCACCAGGAUAACGAUGCGAGUCCAAUAACAUCAGUACCAGCGGAGCUCAGCAACACAUCAACGCCGUGCUAAAGCGAGUUUGUUCCCGCGAGCGUUUCCAGCUAUGAGGGACAUCUUAGCUCGGUGUUCGGGAUGGAGGUGGUGGGGCUGGGUGGUGACUUUCUUCGUCUUGGUCGAGCUUUUCGUCAUCUUCGGACCGUUGUAUAACUUCAGUAUUUUAUUUGUGAGUUUGAGGAAGGAAUUCAAAUCAAGUGCUGCCUUGACUGGAUCAGUUGGUUCUGUAGCCAAUGGAUUGGUUUAUUUCUUCAGUCCGGUAGCCGGACUCCUUCUGCGACGGUUCAGUCCCCGUACCGUGGUCACGUCAGGAGUGGUGAUCUACAGCCUGGGACUACUCACCACAUCUUUCGUGCCCAACAUAGGGCUUGCCUUCCUGACGUUUGGAAUCCUGCCAGCCUUUGGAGCUGGACUCCUGAUGCACAUCGCACCUCGUCUUCUGUUCGAGUGGUAUCCGAAGAAGCAUAAUGUGCGUGCUGUUAGUCUUGGAUUCCUUGGAACUUCUGCAGGAAUGUUGUCAUUCGCUCCGGUCAUGAACGUUCUCAUCACACACUACGGCUGGCGAACAACCCUCAAGUUACUCAGCGGAGCCUCGCUUCUCAUCGGACUCCUCAGUGGACUGUUCCUGUCGCCCCCUCCGGUAAGACGACGCCAGUCCGUCAGAUCAUCUCUCUCGGUUUCUCCAACAGCCACUCCUACUCCCGAUGCGCUGGCAACCAUCACGCCACUUCAGGCCGACGAAAGAGAAGUAAACCUUGUAGAUAAAGGCACAGAUGUAUUCAGCGAAGAGUCUUGUUUAGAGACAGAGGUAGACGGAAAUGAACACGAAAUUGCCACCCAAGGGGAUGAUAGUAUUAGGGAACGGGUUGAGAAGAAAGAGGACAUUAUUGAAGAGACGGACUUUAGGACGAAGGGGGUAAAACAAGCACUUCGCUCCGCCAACGCUUGGCUUUAUUCAUUGUCUGUGAUCUUUGCCAUGAUCGCUUGGGCUUUUGUCAUCAUAAAUAUGGCUAGCUUCAUGAAAAAUCUUGGUUUUUCUACGGAUCAGACUUCGCUGGUACUCGUCAUCAUAGGUGUAUGUGAGAUCGCAGGGAAAGUUGUGACAGCUCUGUGUGGGGACCAUCUGCCGUUCCUACAGAUACUCGCGUUUGCCGCCUCGUCUUUACUCGGCGCUGUGGCGGCCGGCUUCAUGAUAUUCGCCAACAGUAUAACAGAUAUGAUCAUACUUUCGGUCGUAAUAGGUGUACUGCGUGGUAUUUUCUUCGGCAUUGGAUUCCCAGCUGGAUUUGAAUUGAUUGGCAAGUCCUACGAACCAGACACCGCAACCAACGUUCUGGUCAUGCCAUGGGGUGUUGGUUUUCUGAUUGCAGCACCACUCUCAGGUGGACUGUUUGAUUUGACAGGAGACUAUACCCUGAGCCUGCUCGUCUUGAUUGGAUCGUUUAUUCUCUCAGCCGCAUGCGCAGUUAUGGUCUCAAUCAGAAGGAAUGUAAGAUCCUUGAACUGCUGUUACAGACGGAGUGUAGACAAAGAAGGCCAAGAUGAUCUCAAAGAUAAAGCGCAACAUUCAAUGCAAGCUGGGGCAGUGAACGAAGGUUACGAUGGGGACCGCAAUGAGUGAUGGUUUUUACGUGACAAAACAUUGUCAUAGAAUUAUAUAAGAUAUGUAACUUUUAUCAGCUGUUUCUUUAAAAGAAAACCAAUGGUGCAGCUAUUGUACAUACUUGAUACAGAAUUGAAAAAAACACACACUUUAUAAUGGUAUAUUUAUAUAAUGAAUAGGGUAGAUGGCCUUAGCUUUCGAU